UGCUUUCUUCCUCUAUUUAAACUCCCUUCGGACACCUCUCUCUCAAUCCUCCUCCCUACAUUUCUUUGAUUUCAUAAAUCUCUCUCUCUCUAAAACUCUCUCUCUCUACACACUGGUCAUUUCCGAUCUGCUAAAGUAGGUAUAUCAAAAUGGAAUACCAGAAGGUUCUAGAGCCAGAAUAUGAUUGCAUUAUCUUUGAUGUUGAUGAUACCCUUUAUCCCCUAAAGUCUGGUUUAUCUGAACAAUGCACCAAGAACAUUAAAGAAUAUAUGAUCCAAAAGCUUGGGAUAGAGGAAAGUAAAGUCCCUGAAUUGUGUCAUCAACUAUAUGUGGAUUAUGGAACAACAAUGGCUGGUCUCAAGGCCAUCGGCUAUAACUUUGAUGAUGAUGACUACCAUAGAUUUGUUCAUGGGAGAUUGCCCUAUGAGUUCCUAAAACCUGAUCCUGUUUUAAGGAGUCUUCUACAUAGCCUGCCCAUCCGGAAAGUAGUGUUUUCAAAUGCAGAUAAAGCCCAUGUUGCUAAAGUUCUUGGGAGGCUUGGAUUAGAGGACUGCUUCGAGGGGGUUAUAUGCUUUGAGACUCUGAAUACCACCACUAACGAAAUGAUUACUUCUGAUGAUGCUGACUCAAUAGGUUUGAGUUUAAGUGGCACAGAAACUUUCAAACCUAUUACCAAUUCUUGUGAGCCUAAUGAUGUUUCAGUUCUCCCCAAGUCUCCAAUUAUUUGCAAACCGUUUGAGGAUGCCUUUGAACAGGCUUUCAAGAUCGCCGAAAUCAACCCUAAGAGAACUUUGUUCUUCGAUGAUAGUAUCCGAAAUAUACAGACUGGGAAAUGUAAGGGGCUUCACACUGUGUGGGUGGGGUCUUCUCACCGGACAAAAGGUGUGGAUUAUGCAUUAGAGAGCAUUCACAAUAUGAGGGAAGCAUUGCCGGAGCUCUGGGAGGCCAUUAAAGAGUCAGAGGUCUGUUACUCUGAGAAAACUGCAAUAGAGACACCAGUCAGAGCUUAGCUUUGUAAUUUAUAACGCCAUUAAUAAUUUGUAAUUUGGAUUUUCACCUUCCGUAUUUGUACCCUUUUUUUAUUACUGGAUGUAAGAUUUCUUCAUGUGAUAGUGGUAAAAGUAAUCUUCUUUCUUCCUUUA